GAAUUGAGCUGAGCAUGGCACCCAAAAUAUCAUCGGUGCUCGGUUUCCACGAGCGCGAACAACUGCACAAGAACCCGUCGAUUCUGGCCUAUACGGGUGACGUAGGUCGAAAUUACCUGGAUCUGGGCAACAACGACCAAGAAGGCGAGCAAAACAUGACAGACCAACCACGUCGCCGAAAUUCCACCCCGGACAAGAAGGCGGCGACGACUAAGUCACGCCUCACAUCGCUGUCGUCUAGCCUCAAUAGCGCUCGGACCGCUGUAGCUGCGCGCGCCAAGAAGCUUCACGUACGCGAGUCUACUCUCCAGGCUAUCGGUCAGCUGCGCAAGACGAUGGCUAAGGGUCACACUUCUCGAACGCAGCAUUCACCGUCGAGUACCGACUCAACUCCGACUGAGAGUGAGUCCAAUCAGUGUGAUAACGAUCUCGGAAACCAGGUUGCAGUCGAGCACGCCGGCUACGAAUGUAUGUACGCUGAGAUCAAUCUGGGAAACGAUAUGGAGUUCACAUCGAGGAGCUCGGCGGGGGCCAAGAGCAAGCUGUCGAAGCUUCUGCCAUCACGACCGUGGAUUAAGAGCUCCAAGCAAACGCGGAGGUUCAGCGAUGUUCUGAGCUAG